UGUGGGCGCAAAUUAUGCAAAACUAUUUUGGCUGGAGGGAAAUAUGAGCUGAUGUCAACCUGAGUUCACCUUGGUCAGUACUUUGCAGCCGCUUGUAUUUGAGCUGAUGUUUGUUUACUUACAACUUCAAGACAUGUCUCUAUAGAGUUAAAGUGUGAAGUGAAAUAAUCAGCUUGGCUUGACUUCCAGGGUCAAAGGUGAUACCAGCAUGUGUGUAAAGCAGCUGGUGUAAGUGUUGACAGCAGCACAUUCAACCAAAGACAUGGUUUUAUGAGGUUUGUCUUCUCCCACUGUGAAAUCAUCAGGGAACAGUCGGAGCAAGUUUUUUUUCUUUUACCAUGUGUCUGACAUUUUCCAGCCAUACAUCUUCUAAAUGCGUGUUCAAACACAGCAUCCUACAGGCCAGUUAUUGUGAGUCUCAUGGCCUAGAGAGGGUGUAUUGUGUUCGGUGAAAACAGACGAGGAUGUGUUAUUAGUCGGCCCAGGUCUGCCCCUGGACGGUGGAGUCAACAGUAGCUUCAUUGUUUAUAGAGAACAAUGGUCUCAUCUCUAGAGGACAGCAGGCCGUUGCGCUCCUUACAGAGUUAUUACCACACACAAUGGCGUGUAGAGUCAAAGAAACGGGAUCUGAAGCAAAGUGCAAUGUGUAGCAACACGUUUUGGUAGUUGGAGCGUUCUUAUCUGGAGUGACACAAGUUUUGUUGAGGCUACUGCACAAGAGACAAGAGUAAGAAAUGUUUCACGGCACUUUGGUGACGGCAGUGACGUCCAAAAAUCCACAAGCUAAGCUGUAUUAAUUUUGAACUGGCAAUUUUCAGAAUGGGACACUAUUUGCAGAGUUUACCUGACGAAGAACAAUAAAUGAAAAGUCCAACUGCAGCCAAAAUCUGCUGACAUUUGGUUGGUGGUGAUUUCCCCGCUCUGAAAGAUGAGCGACAUUUAGUGGGUCAGGUGAAAGUGUCAUACACACAUUUCCAUACAUUUAUUAUUAAUUUGUGUAUUGAGUAUUAUGAGAUCAUUAUAUUUAAAUUUCCAUUCACACUUUCUGUUUAAAAUAAAAACCCUCUUAUUGCAUAUAUUAAAAUAUAAAUAUUGGAGGAUUGAGUCACACAAUGUCAUUAUAAUAUACGCGUCCUUUACAUGUGAGAGUUUAUGGCCUUUAAACUGUGUGUUUUGUGGUUUGUUUGUGACUCACAGGGUUACUUCAUGUAACGCGACACUGGAUCCUCAAGCUUCCACUGAUUGAAUUUCAUCUAAGCAGCAGUUCAGCCACCCUCUACCAGCCGCUCAUGUUGUAGAUUUAAGCAGGAAACGCAUCAGAUGAAAGAUGCAGCUGAUGUCAGUCUGUGAUGUUACUCCAUAUGUAGGCUGGUUAAUAGUUGGGACAUUGAUGCUAUCAUUGGCAGAUGUGUUCUUCCACUUUUAGCAGUUAAUAUAAGCACAAGACAUGGUCAUUGUUAUUAAAAACAAAUGUCAGAUUAGACCCGAAGCAUUUAGUCAAUUAAUCGCUUACUCGAUUGACAGAAUUGAUUAAAAGUUUCAGUCUUUUCUUCAAGCAGAAAUGGUAUAUAAAAAAAAAAGACGAAGAAACAAUAAAGCAACAAACAUUUUACUCCGCUUAGUUUUGUUUUAGCAGUAUUCAACUAGAACCUCGUAUCACAAUUGUUUUUUAAAAUCUUGAUCGACAAAUAUUAACAUGCAUUCAAACCUCCUUCAGAUAAAUACUUGGUACACAAAACAAGAGGCCUGUUUGUAGUCCAUUCUAUGGAUAUGUUAAUGUCUUUUCUCUAAUGCUCUUGAAGUUCUGGCCAUUAGCCAUGAGACACUUGCUUGUUUAUAUGGUUCUCCAUGCUAGUUCUUGUAGCCUACUUUGUAUGCCCUCAGCAAACAUGGAGUGUGUUUUUAGCCAGCUUGUUUUCCCUCCAGCCUCACUUUCAGAGUACAGACAUCGUUGGACCCCAGCGAGCUAAGCUAGCGUAGCUGCUUAUUUGUCCACAGAUGGUGAAUGAAGCUUGUUGUCCCAGCUACAGCACAUAGGCCUGUGUCAGCUGAAUCAGUCCGUUCUGGCAGAUGUGGGCAGGGAACUGUGGCCGUUGAUGGACCAUCCCUAUGAAGAAACAGGGUUACAAUGGGACAGAGUACCUCGGAACAAGAGGUCCAGGGAGACGUCACCAAUGAGGAGGGUUUUGAUAACAUCAAGACACUUGUGGAAGAGGAACUACAGACGAGCAUGAUGGUGGGGAUGGUGAUUGGUGCGGGCAUCGCCAUAGUCCUCAUUGCCAUCCUCAUCUUCUUCAUCUUGCGGCGGAUCCAGCUUCGAAACAUAGAAGCUCAGGAGGCACCCAAAUACCGCUUUCGCAAGAGGGACAAAGUCAUGUUCUACGGGCGAAAGAUCAUGCGCAAAGUCUCGCAGUCUACCUCCUCCCUGGUGGGUACAUCCACUUCCUCUCGGCAGCGCCUGAAGAAGAAGCAGAAGAUGCUUAACAUUGCCAAAAAGAUCCUGCGCUUUAAGAAGGAGGUGCCCAUCCUGCAGGCCAAGGAGCCCCCUCCCUCAGUGCUGGAGGCUGACCUCACCGAGUUUGAUGUGGCCAACUCCCACCUGCCCUCUGAGGUGCUCUACAUGCUCAAAAAUGUCCGUGUGUUGGGUCACUUUGAGAAGCCCCUCUUCCUGGAGCUGUGUAAACACAUGGUGUUUGAAAAGUUCCAACAAGGGGAGUACGUCUUCAGGCCGGGCCAGCCUGACAGCAGCAUCUACGUGGUUCAGGAUGGAAAACUCGAAUUGUGCCUUACUGGAGCGGAUGGCAAAGACAGUGUGGUGAAGGAGGUUUACCCCGGAGACAGUGUCCACAGCCUCCUCAGCAUCCUGGAUGUCAUCACAGGCCACCAGAAGCCUUACAGAACUGUGUCGGCACGGGCUGCAGAGGUUUCCAAUGUUCUCCGUUUACCUGUAGAGGCCUUCCUCGCUAUAUUUGAGAAGUACCCUGAGAGCCUGGUGCGGGUAGUACAGAUUAUCAUGGUUCGUCUCCAAAGAGUAACGGUCCUAGCCCUGCACAACUAUCUGGGGCUCACCAAUGAGCUCUUUAGCCAUGAAAUGCAGCCCUCGCGUCUGCCACCUCCGUCUCCUCACCCAACUCGCACCAGUCCCAUCCGGCAUGGUAAGCGCUUUGGCAGCCUGACCGUAACCGAGGAGCAGCGGGAAGCUGCCAUUAAGGGUGAAGCUGCAGGAGGGGACCAAGGGAAGGAUGGCGCAACAGUGCCAACUCUUAGCAGGACCAUCUCAAUGCCUGUGGACAUUGCUGGAAUGCAGAAAAGUCUGAGAUCGGACUUUGACAUGGCAUACGAAAGGGGGCGGAUAUCCGUCUCUGCCGAGGAUGGCAACACCCCUCCUGCGUUUACUCGGUCUGUGUCCCAGGACCAGCGGGAGAGGAAGGUGACAGUAGAUGAGGUCCCCUCAGGGAUCUAUCUGUACCCAGAGGAAGAGCCGGGAGUGGACAACAUUUUUACACCUGUAGCCAGUCGAGCCAAUGCUGCUUUGUUUGAGGAAGCGCAGAAAGAGAUCCUUAAACUCAUGAAGAUUGAGGACCCGUCCUUGUUAACUGGGAAAGUGACUCUGCACCACGCAAAAGCAGGAGCUGUCUUAGCCAGACAGGGAGACCAGGACGUGAGUCUGCACUUUGUCCUGUCUGGGUGUCUGCACGUCUACCAGAGGAUGAUUGACAAGCAGGAAGCUGUCUGCUUGUUUGUGACCCACCCGGGGGAGAUGGUGGGCCAGCUCGCUGUGCUCACUGGAGAGCCCCUCAUCUUCACCGUCAAGGCCAUCCGCGACUGUACUUACCUCAAGAUCUCAAAGUCAGAUUUCUACGAGAUCAUGAGGGAGCAGCCCAGUGUGGUGCUGAGUGCGGCUCACACGGUGGCCAUCCGCAUGUCCCCUUUCGUCAGGCAGAUGGACUUCGCUAUUGACUGGAUGGCCGUGGAGGCUGGCAGAGCCCUCUACAGACAGGACGACCAGUCAGACUGCACAUACAUUGUUCUGAAUGGACGUCUACGCUCAGUCAUCCGCAAGGCAAAUGGCAAGAAAGAACUUGUUGGGGAAUACGGCAGAGGAGACCUCAUUGGAGUGGUGGAGGCCUUGACCAGACAGCCUCGAGCCACCACCGUCCACGCUGUGAGGGACACAGAGCUGGUCAAACUGCCCGAGGGAACGCUCAACAACAUCAAAAGACGAUAUCCCCAGGUGGUGACGAGGUUGAUACACCUGUUGGGCCAGAAGAUUCUGGGGAACCUGCAGCAGGGUCGAGGGCCCUUCUCAGGUUCAGCCCUGGGUCUGCCCAGUAUGACAGCCAGUGCUGAUGUCACCAACCCUGCCAGCAACCUCUCCACUGUGGCUGUCCUGCCUGUGUGUGAUGAGGUGCCGAUCAACGCAUUCAACCUGGAGCUCAGCCAUGCCCUCAGUGCUAUUGGCCCCACUCUGCUAUUGACCAGUGAAAUCAUCAAAGAGCGAUUGGGCGCCUCUGCUUUGGACAAUGUCCACGAGUACCGUCUCUCCGGCUGGCUGGCCCAGCAGGAGGACAUCAAUCGGAUUGUCCUGUACCAGACUGACAACAGUAUGACCCCGUGGACUCAGCGCUGCAUCCGCCAGGCUGACUGCAUCCUCAUUGUCUGCCUUGGCGACCAGGAACCUGCCCUGGGAGAGGUGGAGCAGAUGCUGGAGAACACAGCAGUCCGGGCGCUGAAGCAGCUGGUCCUUCUGCACAAAGAGGAUGGGCCAGGACCCUCCAGGACGGUUGAGUGGCUCAACAUGCGAAGCUGGUGCUCCGGUCAUCUGCACCUCAAGUGUCCCCGCAGGGUCUUCUCCAGACGCAGCCCGAGUAAACUAAGGGAGGUAUAUGAGAAGGUGUUUGAGAAAACGGCAGACAGGCACAGUGAUUUCUCUCGGCUGGCCCGGGUCCUGACUGGAAACAGCAUCGCCGUGGUGCUGGGAGGAGGAGGAGCCAGAGGCUGCUCUCAUGUAGGUGUGAUUAAAGCUAUGGAGGAAGCAGGGAUUCCUAUUGACAUAGUAGGUGGGACCUCGAUCGGCUCAUUCAUUGGAGCGCUGUACGCUGAGGAGAGGAGUGCCGUCAGAACCAAACAGAGAGCCAGGGAGUGGUCCAAGGCAAUGAACUCAGUGUUCAAAACAGUCCUGGAUCUGACCUAUCCCAUCACCUCCAUGUUCUCUGGUUCUGCCUUCAACACCAGCAUCCAUAAAGUGUUCCAGGACAAGCAAGCCGAGGACCUGUGGCUGCCGUACUUCAACGUCACUACUGACAUCACGGCCUCAGCCAUGCGUGUUCACCAGGAUGGUUGCGUCUGGCGAUAUGUUAGAGCCAGCGCCUCCUACACACCCUAUUUACCUCCCCUGUGUGACCCCAAGGAUGGCCACUUGCUUGUGGAUGGUUGCUAUGUUAACAAUGUCCCAGGCUCUCUGUGGCGCUAUGUACGGGCGAGCAUGACCCUCUCUGGGUACCUGCCGCCUCUCUGCGACCCCAAAGAUGGAAACUUGCUAAUGGACGGUGGCUACAUCAACAACCUGCCAGCGGACAUCGCGAGGAACAUGGGGGCCAGAACAGUCAUCGCCAUCGACGUGGGCAGCCAAGACGAGACCGACCUCUGUAAUUAUGGCGACAGCCUGUCGGGCUGGUGGCUGCUGUGGAAACGGAUCAAUCCUUGGGCCGAGAAAGUAAAGGUGCCAGACAUGGCAGAGAUCCAGUCUCGGUUGGCCUACGUGUCUUGUGUGCGGCAGUUGGAGGUGGUGAAGAAGAGCGCCUACUGCGAGUACAUCAGACCGCCCAUCGACCGCUUCAAGACCAUGGACUUCGGCAAGUUUGACGAGAUCUACGACGUGGGCUACCAGCACGGCAAGCUGCUGUUUACUGGCUGGGCCCGAGGCGACAUCAUCGAGAACAUGCUGAAGGACCACCGCUCGGCCGACUAUAACGACAGCAAGAGAACUGACUCCUGCACGUGUCCAGGAGCGGACUUCACUGACCUUGCAGAGAUCGUAUCCAGGAUAGAGCCCGUUCAAAGCUACGUAGCUGCAGAAGCGGAGGAGUCGGACUGUCUGACGGAGUAUGAGGAAGACGGGAUGGACACGGUGAGAGAGGAGGAGGAGGAGGGGGAGGAAGAAGAGGAAGAGGACCUUGAGGACCACUCGCCUGGAGAGUGGGGCCAGAAUGGAGUCUUUCAGACUGAUGAGGAGAAAUCAGUGAGACAACGCAGGAAACUCGCCAGUGACUCCAACACCUCCGAAGUCUCUGACUGCUGACAGAGGGCCAUGGAGGACUAGAGGGAGUCAAAACAAGACCGAGGGCCAAAUUACGGGUCCAUAAACCGCCAAGGCUAGAGACUUGGACACCACACGCUCAGCUCCUGCGACUUCUGAAACUCUGAGAUACCGUUUUUUGUUUUUCUGCAGGAAAUCGUUAAUGCAUUAACUUAUUGAACCUUCGUUACAUCGAGUGGCUUCCUCCUUGCUCUUCACAUUUUGACCCCACCAUCAAAAAUGAAUAUGUACGGCCUUGAAAAAGUCUUCCCCACACCAAACCCAUAACCAGAAUCCCUGCCUGCCAACUCCCAAACCUGCCAAAACCAGGGACUCCCACAGUAACCAACACAACAAAACAGGGACACUUAAAACUUCCAAUUCAAUCCCGUUCCUCAGUUUCAAAUGGCCAUAAAGACCCCGUCUGUGUCUCUGAGUCUUCACGUACAUCUUCAUUGCACUCCGUUAUUGACGAUUUAACGUAUUACGAGGUCCUUUCAUUUCUUGUGGUCGCUUGUUCAGAUGAGUUUGUAUAUUUUGCUGUGUGUUCGGAUGACUGUUUGCUGUGAUUUGUUGAAGUAAUAUAAGGACACGGAAAAGAAAAGCAAGAUAUACAUACAAUAGAGCUGAAGUUAGAAAGAGUUGGGUACAUUUAGCAUUGGAUGUCAAGGAGGGGAAGCUGUGGGUGUAGUAUACGUUCAUGUCGACAUCAAAGUAGACUUCAUGUGGAAUGAACGGAGCAGGACGAGGAUCAAUUCAAAUCAGUUGAAAGAAUAAUAGAGGAAGGACAUAAAGGUGUGUGUGGAUGGAUGAAAAGAGAUGGACCAGUGAGUUAAGUUUUAAGUUAAUUUAUUUAAAAUUCACACAGAAUAGAGUACAGGGAGCUUAAUGCAUUGUGGGUAGACUAAACUAAACGGAGGAUGGAGAACAUUUGUAAUGAAAAUUCGGGAUGAAUGAGAUGAUCUGUUUGAAUGGAUGUGUCUGCGUGUUUGAGAUGAUGCCAGGUGAAGACGAUGCCUUUUCAAUCCGUGUUUGAUCCACUCACGGUAUACGGCGACUGUGGAGAAGAGAACCCUCAUUUGACUGACACUACUUUAGUAGAAGAGCGUGUGCUCGCCUCUGCUUGCACGAGGUCACACAUGCGGUACUCAAGGUUCCUGCGUAUGGUGGACAAUGAGGUGUGUAUGACGGUGUAUCUGAGACUGAGCAGUGAUGAAAACCUACGUGUAGCCAUCAAAUUAUUGUUGGAUAAUACGCAGAAACCCUGAGGACUCCUUCACUUCAAAUGGGCAGAAAUUCACCUCAUGUAACUAUUAACACUUGAUUAACAUGGACCUCCCGUAGAUUGUAACAAGAGUAUAUGAUAAUAUACACAAUGUUCAUAUAUGUAUAUGAGGUGGAAAUUUGUAAGUUGAUGCUUUGCUGCAAAACAAGGGAACCUAAACGGAAAGGGUUUAUUCUCUUAAAAUUCAUUCAGUUUUAUUUAUAUAUGUUAACUACUGGCUUUUUACGAAUGAUUUUUUUAAUUUUGGGGUGUGGGAGGGGGGGUGUUUUAUUUUAAUUAACUUGGCUUUAGCUGUUUUGCACUGAAAUAUUUGAAGUAUUCCUUGCUCAGACAACCUCGAGAUGUCAAGGGAAUUCCAAGGAUAAAAACAGAUGAUAAUUUAAUAGGCAUAUUGAAAAAUAAAAAGAAUAUGCAGUAA